AUGCGCUUCCUUGUCUGCUUCGGUUGGGUCUUGAGCUUAUUCAUCUCUCUGGUGUCUGCUCAGGACUAUGACUUUGGUGUCGAUGUAGUGUCUCUCACUCGUCGACAAGAUCCCAAUGCGCCCAUCGUCGUCAGUCGCCUCCCACUGGCCUCCAACGGGAGCAUACCCCUGAGGCUCGAGGUUCGCGACAUGAAGGCAGACAAACGCAAGUGGGAUCUGUUCAUUCUAGCUCUGAGUAUGUUUCAGUCAGUCAGUCAGGACGAUCCCCUGUCGUAUUACCAGGUUGCCGGGAUACACGGUGUGCCUUUUGUGACAUGGAACGAUGUUGGACCAGCAGCCGGAGCCAGCCAGUCAGGUUACUGUCCACAUAGUUCAGUCUUAUUUCCAACGUGGCACCGGCCAUAUCUUGCCCUGUACGAGCAAGAGCUGUUCAAGCUUGCCGAUGCUAUUUCUCGCAUGUUUAGCAAUGUCACUGAACGUUUGCUAUAUAUGCAAGCUGCAUCGGAUUUUCGAAUACCAUACUGGGAUUGGGCAUCUCCUGCACCGCCUGGCCAAAGCCACUUCCCCGAUGUCUUCUGGAAUUCCACAAUGGCUCAAUACGGCCCCAACGGCGUCCAAGUCAUUCGUAACCCUUUGUACUCGUACUCAUUUCAUCCGUUGGAUGCAGAGGCACUCAUCUGGCCACCGCUGAGAAGCUGGAAUGAGACAAAGCGAGCUCCAAAUACCGACAUCAGUGAGCUUGAGCCUCCUUCGAUGAAUGACCAAGUGAACACUGCUUUGCUCGCCAAGUUACCCGAGAUACAGCAGCGUUUAUACAUACUCUUUUCUAGUUAUCACGACCAUCUAGACUCCAUCGAGGCAGUUCACGACAUUAUUCACAUAUAUGGAGGCUCCAGGGGACAUAUGACCUAUGUUCCUCUGUCCUCCUUUGAUCCGCUCUUCUUCUUACAUCACGCCAUGACAGACAGGUUGAUAUCGAUGUGGCAACUUCUCAACCCCACGGCAUGGAUAACACCCCAGGUAUCAGGAGAGGCCACAUACACUGCGUUGAAAGGAACCAUGCAAAACUCCAGCACGCCCCUUACUCCCUUCAUGUCUUCUGCCGACGGCACGUUCUGGGAUUCUGACAUGUCUAGGACUACUGAAGUGUUUGGCUACUCAUAUGGAGACACAUCAGCUCUGCCCGGAGACGGCGAGAACCCACGAAACAAGUUGAUCAGGAAGAUCAACAAAUGGAUUGGGAUGAACAGCCCGGCCAUGAUUCGGAUCAAGAGUCAGGCACAACACCGGCGGCCAAGCGGCUUAUGGAAGGGCAGUCCAGAGUGGAUCGCGAAUGUUUAUGUGAACCACGGAGCUUUAGACGGGUCAUUCAGCAUUUACUUGUUUGCCGGACAGCCACCAGGCGAUGCUGGCACUUGGGGGAUUGCUCCAAAUCUCAUAGGAUCAGUUGGAAUCUUCACCAUGAGCGGCAUGAGCGGCUCACAUUCUAAAAUCUCCGGGACAGUGCCAUUGACCAUAGCAUUGAUGAGGCUUGUCGACCUGGGAGCACUCCAAGAUACUGAAUCAAGCUCAGUGGUGCCGUUUCUUCAACAGACUCUACACUUUCGUAUUGCUAGCAUUGAUAACAAGGAGGUCGACCCAGAGCAGGUGAAUGGGCUCUACAUUGGCAUCAGCAGCAGUAGGGUGAGAUUGCCUGGGAGCGAGGUUGAAUUCCCGCAAUGGGGUCAGCCAGCCUUGAGGCUGACAAUAUGGGAAUAG